AUGGGCACGAUCCUCGAUGUCCGGGAGCUGAUCCAGUUCCCCGGCGGCGACAACGCCACCGACGUUGCCUUUGGUGACAUCCACUUCAACAAAACCACCCUCGACCACUGGAACUACACUCUCUACUCCAACGGCACCUUGUCCAACCAGUCCUGGUGCAUGCUCGUCUUCGAGCCCUACACCCCGAAGCUCCUCUACCCCAACGGCACCUUCAUCAACGCGACGUGGUGCUGGACCGCCAUCCAGCCCAUCGGCCCCCGCGCCAAGAUCGGGCUCGGCUUCGCCGUCGCCUUCGCCCUGUGCCUCCUCGGCGUGCUCGUCUCCCUCGCCAAGCACGGCCGCCUCCUGCUGCCGGCCGAGAAGCGCUUCUACCCCAUCGGCCGCCGGUGGCAGUGGUACUGGGGCAUCCUGACCUCGGCCAUGGCCCUCAUCAGCCUCUUCACCAACGUCGACGUCGACCGCUACUACCUGCCCGAGCUGCCCAUCGUCCUCAACGUCUUCUUCUGGUUCAUCAUGCAGAUGUGCGCCAUGGCCGUCGUCUGGGAGGCCGUGCGCCACUGGGGCAGCUGGAUGGAGCGCCAGUUCAUCGACCCCAACCCCUUCGUGCUGCCCCAGGACGACCGCCGCGGCCAGUUCGAGUUCUGGCUGCCCCUGUGGUUCUACCUCUGGCUCUGGCUCAACUUCUUCAUGAUCGUGCCCCGCAACUGGGGCAACAUCGAGAUGCAGCGCGACGACGACCAGGCCCGCCUCGUCGCCGAGCCCACCGCCACCGACACCCGCUUCAAGGUCGCCGCCUUCUGCCUGCUCGUCUGCUGGCUCUCCGUCUGCGUCUCGCUGUGGCACUCCAUCAAGCACUACCAGCCCCGCAACCGCGGCCUCUGGAACCGCUUCCUCGGCAUCAUCCGCUUCACGCCGCUGCGCUUCAAGAUCAUCGUCCCGCUGGCCCUGGCCAUCGUGGCCUACCAGGCCCUCUCCGCCUGGAAGUUCCAGUGGUCCCCGCUCAAGCUGCACACCAACAACGCCGCCAUGUUCGCCGGCGGCUACCUGCCGGCCCUGCUCAUCCUCGCCACCCAGAUCUUUUUGUACGGGUGGCUCCACCCCAACGAGGACCGCGAGCUCAUCCGCCAGCGCCGCGUGCGCGGCCAGCAGCUCGACCGCGAGCUGGGCAUCGUGCACAAGCCCGCCUGGUGGCGCCGCGUCAACGGCGAGGUCUUCGGCUCCGAGAUGCACAUGCGCGACCGCAUCGCGCGCAACGUCGCCGAGGUCGGCGGCGGGCGCGCCACGGCCCGCAACAUCGACCGCGGGCUCGACGCGCAGGCCCGCUACGCCGAGCAGGUCGCCCGCCACCAGGAGGACGGCACCGAGAUGGACGACAUGGUGCCCAACCGCAACUACGCCGCGUCCACGGCCAGCGGCGCGUCCUCGACGACGCGCAAGGUCGCCCUCGCCACGGCCUACGCCGGCAAGUCGGACCGCCGCCGCCACGAGCGCACGAUGCAGGUCGCGGCCAGCAUGCUGUUCCCCGACGGCCCUCCGGACGACGGCACCUCGGACGCGGCGGUCGCGGCGAGGAGGCGCGAGAGGGAGGCGUUCAUCUCCGAGGACGGGCCCGCGCCGCCGCCGUACCAGGACCGCGGCAGGACGACGACUUCUGCCGGGUCCGGAGGCGCCGGCGGCAGGAGGCCCGGCACGGCGGAGCGGAGCACGAGUACCGGGACCACGGGCUCGCUGCAGGGCCCGCCGCAGCAGGUCAAGAGCAUGUUGGACAUUUAA